UUUCUUUUAUACAAUGUGCAUACUAGUUCAAACCUAUCCAGCCUGCUUGGUCUGUGUUUAGCUAAUGUUGACGCUAGCUUACAUGUAGCUAGCGCUACAUCUACGUCACCAGGAAAACGCGUUACGCUAAAGUUGUCAAAUAGUCAGAAUACGAAAGCUACAGUGGCUAACUAGGGCUGUGUGGAUGGGAAUCACUGGAGAUAAGAAUGUCAAAACUUUCUGCUGGAAGAAAGGCCUCCUGCAGUAAAUUGAGUAGUUGGGUGGAGCCAUCCUUCGGCGAUCUGUUCAGUGGCCCCGGUUUGAACUCCUUUCGGCCAAAAAAGGGUGUCAGUUCAGGAGAGACCGAGAGCAAAUCCAGAAAACAGGUCGCCGACAAAGGCGGACAGCGGCCUUCGAAGAGACGGGCUGUCCCGGACCCCCAGGGUCCCCUGGACAGUGAGCUGAGCCAGGGGGAGCAGGAUGAGCCCUGGGUAGACAGACACGCUCCCUGCUCACAGGCCGACCUAGCCGUUCACAAAAAGAAGAUUGAGGAGGUUGAAAACUGGCUGAAAGCGCACUUGGACAUCAAGCCGGAGACCAAGGGUGGCGCCACACUGCUGCUGACCGGCCCUUCAGGAUGCGGGAAGACCGCCACGGUCCGGGUACUGGCCCAAGAGCUGGGCUGUCGUGUUCAGGAGUGGUCCAAUCCCCUAACUACGUCAGAGUUUAAGACAGAGGAGUCUUUCAGAGAUACCUUUAACCCUGAUUCUAGGUUCAACGGUUUCCUUGGCGUCUCCCAGACGGCGGAGUUCCAGGAGUUUCUGCUCAGGGCCAACAAGUACGGCCGGCUGCAGAUGCUGGGGGAGGGCGUGACCUCCGGCAGGAAGGUCGUCCUCGUGGAGGACCUCCCUAACCAGUUCUACAGACAGCCAGCCUGCCUGCAUGAUAUUCUCAGGCGCUUUGUGAAGAUGGGCAGGUGCCCUCUGAUCUUCAUCGUCUCAGACUGCCUCAGUGGGUCCAGCAGCUCCAGGCACCUCUUCCCCAGAGACCUGCAGGAGGAGCUGGGAGUCUGGAACAUCAGUUUUAACCCCGUGGCGCCCACCAGCAUGAUGAAGGUGCUGACCCGGAUCGUGACUCAGGAAGCAGCCAGGAGCGGGGGCCGGGUGGCGGUACCCGAUAAGGCCGCUCUGGACCUGCUCUGCACCGGGAGCUCAGGGGACAUCCGAAGCGCCAUCAACAGCCUGCAGUUCUCCUGUCUCACAGACUGCUCACUGGAGGCCAGAGCCUGGCCAGGGAAGAAAGGUAAAGUCUUGGCCUCGUUGAGCAGGGGCGUCUCCAGAGCCCGGAGCAAGAGCAAGAGCUCCAAGAGCUCCGAGCUCCAGGACCGCAGCCAGGCCAUCGGGGGAAAAGACGCGUCCCUCUUCCUGUUCAGAGCGCUGGGCAAGAUCCUGUACUGCAAACGGGAGCGCUGCACAAGUCCAGAGGUGCCCAGUCUUCCCGCCCACCUGUCAGAGCAUCAGAGAGACAGGCUAUUGGUGGACCCAGAGCUGGUGGUGGAGAAGUCCCACAUGUCGGGCGAGCUCUUCAACCUGUACCUGCAGCAGAACUACCUGGAGUUCUUCUCGGACGUGGAGGACGUGGCGCGGGCCAGCGAGUACCUGUCCGACUCGGACUUCCUCACGGCGGAGUGGAGCUCUCGCUCCACCAUGCAGGAGUACGGCUCCUCCGUGGCCACCAGGGGGAUGAUCCACUCCAACUCGGCCCGGGCGCACGCUGACAGCCAGGCCUCCGGAGGCUUCCGACCCCUGCACAAGCCCCACUGGCUCCUGGUCAGCAAGAAGUACCGGGAGAACUGCCAGGCCGCCCAGUGCCUCUUCACCAGCUACUGCCUCACGCCUCUCAGCCUUCAGACUGAGCUGCUGCCGUACCUGGCCCAGCUCACCAACCCAAUGAGGAACCAAGCUCAGAUAGCCUUCAUUCAGGACGUGGGAUGCUUGCCCCUCAGGAAGUACCCUGGCAGGCUGAAACUUGAAGCGCUGACAGACAAAGACCCAGGGAUGCUGGAUGAGGACAGCGAGGAGGAGGAGGCGGGGCCUGUUGUCCCCACCCCCUCAGACGCAACAGGCUCCACCCCACCACCGGAAGACUCCGCCCAGCCCUGCAGCCAGGGCCCAGGGGGUGACCUGCCAGCCAGCCAGCCACAGCCCACCACCUCCCAGGCUCUGCUGGAGGACGAGGAAAUGGUCAUAGACGAGUAUGACAGUGACUGACAGAUCGUCACCUCCUCCAUGGAAAAACAAAAAAAGCACAGAGAACUCUCAAAUUUCAAUUCUCCCCCAAAACUGUGAAGUCCUUACAUAUGUCAUUCGUCCAAGAUUUGUUGCUAUUAUUAUAAAUCUUUUUUUUAUUAUUUUUUUUUUGGGGCGGCGGGCAGCGCAGGACUGGUGUAUUUAUUUGGGUGCCCCCACAGGAUUUGGACGGUCAAAAUAACCUGUGAUUCCUUGUUGGCCAGGCAGAAAAAGGCCGUCUUCAUCAUACUUCGGCGACUCCCGCAAAUUUUAAACAAGAUUUGCAGAUAUUUAUAUACUUCUUUUUUUGUCAAGCGCUUAAUUUUUUGUUCAUUGUUACUAGUUUGGUUGAGUCAUGGUUGAUAUUGAAAUGAGUGAUUUCACUGUCAUAUUGAGAGGAAGACUCCCUUGAUGCUAUAGGACUGUUAAAGAAAAAUUACAAUGUAUUUUUUUUGUCUGCCACUGAUACCACACAACAGUUUGUUGGCUUUCCUGUUGGGAGUCUUUAAUGGCCUUUUAUGGCUCUUCCAAUGUUGGCCACAGGUUGAUCUGUAAAUAAACCAUAUUUCAUUCCAGAAGGAAAGAAACACCA